GUCAAUAACUUUCACGGUUGAUUGUGUAUAUACAUACUAAUUAAGGAAGCAUCAAAAACAAAAGAAAACGAUUCUCCCACGAUUAAUAAUGGCUCAAACCACCACCUUGAUCUUACUCCUAGCCACAUUGCUAGUGGCAGCUACGACUGUUUCAGGACAGGGACCUCAUAUUCCGCUGGCUCCUAGUCCUUCAGUCAACGAAGCUAUGAACUGUGCGGCUGGUUUGGCUGUUUGUCUUCCGGCAAUUACUCAGCGAGGACCUCCGUCGCAGGAAUGCUGCACAGCCGUAGAGACGGCGUUGACAACUCAGCUAUCUUGUCUUUGCGGUUUCAUCAAAAGUCCAAUGUUGUUGAUCCCUUUCAAUGUCACCGACUUCAAUGCUCUUUUCUCCAAAACUUGUGGACUCACCACUGAUCCCAACUUGUGUUCCGAAACUGCCGCCCAGGCUCCUUUGCCGAAGACGGCAGCACCUGUUCCAGGAGCACCCAAAUCUGACAAGGAUGCCGCAAGCAAACUCGCGGGAACAGGCUUGGUCGGAAUCGUCGUGAUCACGAUUGCUGCGAUGUUUUAUUAAAAUUGAAUUAUAUAUUCUUAACCAUUGGAGUGCUUUAUAUAGACUAUAGCCUAUAUUCCUAUCCGGCUAUAUGUGAGAAUUGUGUUUGGAUCAAUUAUACAUGGCGUUUUAUUUUGAAUUUUGUUUUUUACAUCUAGAGUUUUUAAAAAUAUUGUUGUUGUCGCCUUUAAUG